AUGCCGAAAGUUAAAGUGGCUGACUAUAUAUUUAUAUAUAUAUUAUUAAUAUUUUCAGGUUACCGGUUUUUCAAGGCGGUGAUGUUUCUAACCGGAUUCCUGUUCGGUUCUGUACUAGUCUACAUGAUCUGUCUCGAAGAAAAGACGUUUACUCCGCUCAUAAAUGCCGGAAUUUCAUUAGGUGCCGGAAUUUUAUGUGGUCUUCUCACAAUGUUCGUGCAAUAUAUAGGGCUCUUUAUGACCGGGUUCAAUUUCGGCAUUUCCAUAGCAACGGGAAUUCUAAUCGUCAUUGAACAAAUUUAUCAUCUCGAAAUAAUAUGGAUUCCGAUCGGGAUAUUGGUGGCGAUCGGUGUAAUAUUUGCUCUAUUGACGCUAAAAUUCCAAAAAUCGGGAACAAUUCUCGGAACAAGUUUGUUUGGAGGACUUUUAAUGAUCUCAUGUAUAGACUAUUUCAUCGAACAAUUUCUUUUGAUGAUGUACAUGUGGGAAAGGAUUAAAGCGGAUGACUCGCCAUCAUUGUGCUGGUUUUCGUGGAUCAUACUCGGCUGCUGGCCGUUCUGUUUUCUGGUCGGAUCGGUCACUCAGUGGAAAAUUACUGGACAAGGGUUUAGUCACAAACAGGUGCUACAGAACAGACGAACUGAGACAGUAACUAUAAAGAGGACACGACCCAAAGAGAAACCUAAGGAGAACCCGCACCAGUCACGAUACCGGCAUCUGUACCAGGUCCGACGUGUCAACGGAGACGUCAUUUCACAGAACUAUAUCCAGACCCUACAGAACAAAUUGUCGCCAUCAUUACGUAACCUGACUCCAGUUCCCACAGAGCCACAAGGAGAGCCCUCAAAUGAACCUGAGAGCACUAACACAACAUUGACCCAGAUUCCAGAAGUUUGACCUUGAUCUUUGACCUUUGUGACUGUGUUUAUAUUCAGCCAUGCUUGGCUUCAGCUUUCUGCAAUGCUGGUGCAAUAAGGGAGUUAAAAAGUUCCUUACAAUGAACUUUUGAAAGCAUACAACAUCUGGGAAUAUGCAUUUGUGUCAAUUGUUCAAGAUGUAUUUAGAUAUACAUCGAUGACCUUGAAUGACCUUAACCUAGGUAGUGACUGAUUGCAUAAAUUUGUGUCAUAUCAAUUUUUAGGGGGGUCAUUGUUCAGAUGAGAGCAAAUGUGAAAGAUGGUCAAGCUCAAAAUAUGAUUAUAAAUGUUAUAUCAACCUUGACCUUGCACUGUGGAACCUUUGCUAAUUGUCUUAAGUGAAAGUUUAUUACAUGAAAAUGUUUUAUGCUGGCAUUAAAUUGAUAUGUCUGGCUGGCUCAGUUAUUUUCGGACAUGAGUUGGAUAUGUUUCAGAUACUGACAAAAUAUUCCAGUCUUUUUGUUUUUCGCACACAGGAAUUUUAUGUUAGACAAACUAAGAGAGCGAACAUUUCUAUGAAGGAAUUGUGUGACUUUGUGUUCAUAAUAUCAGUUGAUGAUGUAAAUUAUCAUUGUGGUUGUUUUGUUUUUGUCACUGAAUGAAAAAAUGAAUUAUUUGGUGGUUAACAUAGUGAAACUGUUUCUUGUUUUAGUAGUUGGUUAUAUGUUGCACAGUAGUACACAUACUUAUAGUAAUUUUUAAUGACUUUCUUAAAGGAACUCCACAGAGGUCCAAAAACCUGAAAACCUAAAAAUACUAUCUUGGAUCAAUUGGAGCACCAAACCCCCCAAAAAAACAAUAAACAAUAUAAAAAAGAUAAUAAUGUACUCAGAAUUGAAUUAAAAAUCAAUGAUAAAUGCAAUUCUGAACCCAGUUUUAGUUGAAAGCGUAUAAAUGCUUUUCAUUUUUAGGUCAUUUUGUAAUAAAAAAUUAUUUUUUCGUGAGCAAAUGAUCUGAAAUUUUGCACACAAGUUAUUGGCCUAGAUAUACAUACAUGUACAUUAAAUGGAACAUUAAUCUUGAGAAAUAAAUACCAGUCCAGUCAUGUCAAAAAACCUCAGUGGAGAACCUUUAAGAUUUAGAUUAUUAAAAAGCAAGUGUUUAAACAUUUGCAUGUUUGUUAUAGAAUAUUCUGAAAGAUGAAUAGAAAAUAUAAUUUUAUUUCAAUGAAAUAUAUGAAUGUAUCUCACUGUAAAAUGAUACAGAUUUUUAUCAUACAAUAGAAAGAAAUAAAGAAUCUUUCAACACAAAAUUGAAAAUGUUGCAGGCUCGGUUAAGACAUUUUAGAUGUUAAAAAAGCAUAGAAUAAAAUUUUAAUGUUGUGAAAUUUAAUUUUAAGGAAUAGGAAUAUUCAGACAUACAUGUAUAUAUGUCAGAUAUUUUGUUUUAUUUGAGUGUAUACAUGUAUAUCAUGUCUUGCAGAAAAUACAUCCAGUGUUUCAUUCUGAGUAAAUAAGAAAUUUAACAUUUAUACAAUAAAUGAAAGUUAACAGAUUUGUUAAUGAAGAAACAUAAUGAAGGAACAACAGUAGUUUGUUGUAUAUAAAUCUGCACUAGUACUACUUUAUGUAAAUGCAAUAUAUAUACAGAAAUGUUUGUUGUUUUAACAUACUUUUACAUUUAUAUUGGACACAACAUGUUAUUUAUGACUGCAAAGGUUAUGGUAAUAAAGAUUUUAUAUACACAUACAUACAGUUAAUUAAUUAGCUAUGCAUGUAAAUUGUCAAAAAAUGUCAAUUAUUGAAUAAAAGUGUUAACGUUUUAUGUACUUUGAAUAAACAGCUGCGCAUAUGAUAUACUAUCGAGUAUGGUAAAUGUAUAAUUUAUGAACUGGAGGGAUAAUGUGAAAAUUAUGCUAUGUGUAUAAAUUAUGAUUAAAGAAAAACUGUUUGACCACUUUGUUGAUUCCCUGAAGAAAGUCAAGAUGAAGCUCUGUUAUUUUUGCCAGUUUUCUUUUUUUUACAUUAGUAAAGAGUUACAUCUUAGUUAACUUAUAUGACAAUAAUAAACAGCAACUUUUAUCAGAAAGUACACAAAUUGAGUGAAUUUUUAUUGUUUUCAUCAUAUAUUUUUAAAGUAUCUAUUUUCUGUCAUACAGUCUAGGUGGAAUUCAAAGGUUAUUUUGUAAAUAUAUGGUCCAGUUGUGUACCAGUACAUGUAUUUGAGAUUUUUUAGACAUGUGUAAUAAUUUCUCCAUUUUUUAAAUAUAUAUUUUUUCACAUUAUUCAAAAUUAUGUCCUAAAACAACUUUGUUACAUAAUUUUUCUUUUCUUAAAUUUCUGUUUUAAAAUUUUGUCUUAACAAUAAUAAGAAAAUUGAUUUUACAUCAUGAUUUUGGUUUUAUACUGAUGUGUUUGGAUACUUUUGAAAUGUAUUUUUAGCUUUAUUUUUUUACUCAAUUCUAAGAGUGCUAGCAGCUUAAAGCUUGAACCUGUAACCUACAGGAACCAAAAGUGAUUAGCCUUUUGUCACCGGUAUUAGAGCCAGGCCAGCCUGUACAUUCGUUCAUGCAGUCAUACCAUUUGCCCCUCACUGCUAUUGGCUCAAAUCCCGCUAGGGACUUUGAAUUCAUUCAAGUGAGGAAGGUAUCCAUCUAGCUUAUGAAACACGUUGUUCUGCUCAGGUGCGCCUUUGUGUCUGAAAUAAUUCAUGGAGGGGCACCCGAGGUCUACCUCUACCAGUAAAGCUGGAACGUUGCCAUAUGACCUUUACUGUGUUGGUGGGACAUAAAUUCCAACAAAACUUUUAAAUUUGAAAAGCAAGACUUCAUUAACAUACCCAUGUUCUACAUGUCUGUAAAAUAAAAUAAAAAAUCUACAUGUAUAUCAUCUUCCUCACAAACUUUGGUAUUUGUUUUACAUGGUCUAAAUGUCAUUUUUGUCACUUUAGUGCAGUAAUGAAUUCAAUCCUAUUACAAUUCAACACGAGUUAACUCGUUACUGCAAUAAGUUGAUGAUUAUAAUUUGCAAGGUUUGACAUUCAAGUACACUUAUUUAUAUGUUUUUGUCAUAGAUUGUUGAUAAAAAUUAGCUAUUGUUAGGUGAUAGAAAUACCUGUAUAUCUUGUUAUAUUUUGUAUUUUUAAGUCAUGUUUGUUAUAUGCUGCACCAUUGACAUUGUCCGGAAAUGGUUCCAAGUAGUGAAAUUGAAAUAAAAAAACAAACAAACAAGUACAAA